CAAAGGCGCGAGUCAGGCGAAGCCCGGCAAGAGCCAGCCCGACUGCCCGAGGCCGCCGUGCCAGUGCCGCUUCAGCCGUGGCGGAGGAGUGUCGUGUGCCGGGCAACGUGCCGCUCUGGCUCAUCGCGCUCCCUACAAUCGGUCUCACACGAACAUUCGUUAUGAACUAGUGCUUCGAGGAGAAAAGACUUCAUUACAAAUACAACACAAAUGUGUAGCCAAUGAACUCUCUCGAGACACUACAAAACUGAUUUAAUGAUAUAUAUUACGAGACUUUCAUUAACUCUAACUAGUUUCGUGCGUAAUUAAUAAAUGAGCUAAUUACUGAAAAUCUUCAAGUGUUUCAUACAGCAAACAGGCCAGAGACAGACCAGGCACGAGAGAGCGAGCGUGGCGGCGGGCGCACGGCAGGUGGUGAGCCAGGUGUAGCUGACGCAAGGAAGGAGGACGUGGCACACCUGCAGGGAACACCGUCACCACCACCGCCUCCCUCGCUCAUGUGUCGCGAGUGAGCGGCGCCUCUGCCGCGGCGUCACCACUCAGUGGCUGCCACUUGGCCAACGGCGAUACAGCCUCAGCAGGAACAACAGUAGAGCGUCCAGCGAUCUGAGAGGCUUUAUUGCGCAGAUCAACAUAUAUGGUGCAAAUAUUUCACGAUGGAAGUGCUAAGAAGACUUGUGGUCCUUAGGAGGCCAUGAUGGAAGUGUCGUGUGCCCCUUGCCCCCCUGGACCCACUUCUCUCCCUUUGUCGUCGUCCGCCCCUGAUUCUGUCACUACUAGCGCCACCACUACCAUCACCACCACCACAGCCGCUGGCAAACAGAGAAGCACAAACCUUACUGAGGUGUCACCAGACUCCGGUAAUGGAGAGGAUCUGGAUGAGUUUGACCCACUUAAGUCCCCUGUCAAGGUCUCGGUCACGGAGUGCGAGCCUGAGAUAGAAGUGCUUGAAGCAGCCGUUGGAGGCCUUAGACAACAGGAGGAGAAUUACCCUCCACUUUGUGGUGGAGGAAACUCGGGAAGCAAGUCACCACCCUCCGCUGCUCACGAUGCAAGCGGUCAAGGGCAAGCAGAAGAGAAACACUGUGAUACUGACAAAAGUGAAAAACAGGAAUCAGAAAUGACUGCUUGUAUGACGGAGAAGCCAGAAUUGUUUCGGCUUAGUCCUCAGCCUGAGCAGCCCAGCGGUGACAGGGCUGAGUGGCAGACUGGCAAGCAGCCGGACCUUCCUGGCGGAGGUGUAAGUCCACGUCCCAUCAGAGGUACAUAUUAUUCACCAGCCUUUAAUCUAAGACCACUGCACUCUUCCCUCCUAGUGUCGUGUGGCCAGCCUUUUCAAUGUGGACCUUUCUCCACUCCGUGCGGCGCCAUUGGGAAUCCUAGGCGAGGCGUAGAAGAGAACGGGGUAUUUAGUCUGCCUGAAGGCGGAGACAACAUGCUAGACGCAAGUCUUUUCAGCAAAUCUUACCUUUUAGGAGACAACGGCAGGACUUGUAUCAAACCCUUCAGUCUUGUCUCCAAAGGGGAAACAGAACACUUUCGUAAACACACGUCAAACUGCUGUGAUACUUCAUACUCCUUAGGGACGGCGCACCAGGUGAAAACAGUGAGAAACCCCGAAUACCCAAGAUGCCUCCGCAGUCGCCCUGCUCGGAGGUACACCAAUCCAGAAGUGGUGCGAAAACAACCGACCUCUGGCGGACUUAUGACAACUUCCUGCGACCUCAUGACUUCCCCUCCUGGCCAGUGCGCGUGCAUCAACCCCGGCACGAGCCACGCGUGCGCACCCAGGCUGUCAAGCAAAUCUUCUAUGGGAAUGCUUAAUCCCAUGUUUGAGGCUGAUUUUAGCAGCAAGCAGGAGACCCACACCGCGGUGCCUUCAUCACCCAGGAAGCUUUCUCUGGAUCACGGGUCAAAGGCAAAAUGUUCAGGGAAUGCGGAGAGUUGCAGAUCAUAUCCACCCAAAUCGUGUAUUUUCCCUUUGCACGAGGAAUCUCCUAUUGUCACACAAAGUCUUUCAAGAAAUCCACGCGAGCCUUUCAGGAGAGCCUCGGAAUCUUCCUCUGGCAGUAGCGGUCACGGUCAUCUACCUCUGUCUAGCGCGUCAUCUGAGGACGGCGCUUCCAAGAGUUCAGGAUCAGGAAAGAAAACGUCUUUACCCGCAAAAUUUGAGUCUCUGGGUAGCACCACGCAACCACAGAACAAAAAGUCGGUUUCCAAGCCAGAAAGUUUUGUUCCAGAAAGUGUUCUUCGAAAUCUAGACGCCAUCACUUGCGCCACACAAGGAGAUGGAUCAGCCAAGAGCAAAACAAGGCCGCCAAUGGUGACGUCUCCUGAUUGGAUCGACUUCCUAACGCCUCCGCAAGACGCUUACACUCAAAGGUUAUUCACACCAGACAACCUUCACGACGAACUGUUCUACCCAGCGCCCUACGGUCUCAAGUCUGAAGUAUAUCAAAAUCUAAACGCUAGAGAGGCGGAUUUCGUACUCCAAAAACCUAACAGAAAGCCAAGGACGGAGCCGCUGCCUCCCCCGCGUGUCACAGCCACUGCACCUCAGAGGCCGGAGUCCCCAGACGUCCAGGAUGGAAUUAUUCCACCACUUGCGACUGAGGAUGAAGAAGCAGUGAAGGAAGGAGCGCGUGAGAGCAGAAAAGCCAGUUUGAAAGAGCGCAGAAAGAGCAGCUUGGAAAAAUUAUUCAUUCCCAAGCCAAGUGAAGCCACAGAUCCUAUUUUAAACAUCAAAAUUGAUAACUUUGAUAGGGAGGAAUAUGUCAAAUAUAAGAAAACACUUAGCGAGACUGAUUCACUGAUAGCAGAGCGUCUCAAGUUUGCAGCAAAGGGCAAGCAAGGUUCUCAAGAUUCUGAUUCAUCCAAUAAGUCAGAUAAUCGUUUAGUAUCCUCCAGCCAGGAACUCCUCAAACUGGAGACUUUACGUGGCAACAAGAGUGGCGGGGAAACAACAACAAGCAAAUUAUGUCCUGUCGAUAAGACGCACGAGAACCAUCGGGAAAGCAAGGAGAAAAUUCAUGAUAUCGCUCCACAAAAUGCAAUAUCCAAUUCCCAAAUGGACACAUUCCUUAUAAACGAAAUUUUUGAUGUGAAACCGAGAUCACGUAAACAAACUCUCCCACGGCAACGCUCCCUAGAAGAGAAUCAAACCGCCAACAAGGACAACUCUCAGAAGAGGAUCCGCAAACAGUCGCUGCCAACAGAAGAACUGUUUGGAAUCAGGAGGAACCAGCACAUCAGGAAGUUCAGUCUGCACCAGCUGGUUAGCUACUCAGCGCAGGUGAGCACCACGGCGGGGGGAACAGCAUUCUCUCCCUUGAAUGAGACUGACGAGGCACACACAAUUAUGGCCAAAGUGACGAAGAAGAAAGCCAACAGCAUUUCAUUACCCGAACGAGAAAAACUUAAGAUCGACACGAAAUUCCGCAGCAAGAGUUCAGAGACACGACUGCCAAGGAAAGCCUCUCAGCCGGAUAAAGGCGACGCGUUCUUAGCCACUGCUCCAAGGCGCCUCUCCAGUGAAUCAUGUUCCUCGCCUUAUAAGGGAACCUCCGUUCAAGUGAAGAAAAACAGGAAUAUUCCGAGACGAAAGGAGAGGCAAAACGACUCACCCCACCAUCACCAUCACCACAACCACCACCACCCCCACCACCACCGUCACCACAGCAGGGAGGGCGCUCACCGCCGCCCUCACAGAACAGAACACUUGCGUCGCCGCCCACGUAAAAGUUCCUCCUCACCUGUUGAUGACAGGGAGAGGAAACAAAAGCCAGCCAGUCACAGGUCCCCAAGGAAGGUCCCACGGGAGAUGCGCAGGCCGGCAGAGUCCCAUACCAACCUGGGAGCACCGCUCAGCCCCUUGGAGCAGGACAGCGGCGGGGACCUCUUUACCAACGCAGGAUGCAGUCUUCAGGGCAUGCAGACCUCUGAGGGACGGCCUGUAGUUCCCUACGAGCCUCUUGUGGAUGUUCUCACGCCCACGACACCCGAUGACCCGCCGGCAGCCUCAGGAGCCACCAGGAAAGAGUGGCACAGACGGAGGCACCGCAGAGCGAGGGCGCGGGACAUGAGCGAUGAUGAGCUGGACUCUGACGAUGUAUCAUCGUCAUGGUCGUCGUCUACCCUUACAUCCUUCUCUGGGGGAUCAAAUAAGGGUUUGUCGUCAUCGUCGUCGUCAUCAUCGUCAUCCUCCUCCUCGUCAUCGGGCUCAGACUCGUCAUCCUCGUGUUCCAGCUCCUCGUCGUCAGAAUCGUCGUCGUCUUCUUCAUCAGACUCAUCAGAUAUCGAGGACCUGAUUCCUUGAUGCGGAGGGGAAGGCGCGGCGCGGGGCGGGCACAUCCCUCCUACUGCACUUCAUUUUUCUAUGAAAACUGAUGUAAAACUGGAGACUACAAGUCGCGCAAGGCUUGUCAAACUGCGUUAUGAACUUCCUGUGACUCUUGACGCCAUGAAAGGGCGCUGUUCUUGUUUCUUUCUUUGGAAAACAAGAUCGUGUUUUUACAUUGACAGCUGGUGCGUACCAACCGGAUCAUGUCUUUCCCGAGCACUGGUGCAGCAAACAGAAGAUAAAGAGAUUAAUGCAGGCCUCAUAUAUAUAUAUAUAUAUAUAUAUAUAUAUAUAUAUAUAUAUAUAUAUAUAUAUAUAUAUAUAUAUAUAUAUAUAUAUAUAUAUAUAUAUAUAUAUAUAUAUAUAUAUAUAUACACACACACAUAUAUACAUUGCAACGUUUGCAACACCGCAGCUCCACUCCUAUCAUGACUUAAGUCUUCAUCAGUAUAAAGGUGAUAAUAAGCACGGACUCGCAUAUAUAAAUAUACCUCAUAUUCACUCACUAUCAAAACUUGGGUACUUUUAACAUUAUUAAUGAUAACCUGAUAACAUUAGAUUCCUAAAGAACCCAGAUUAAAGCGUUUCACAAGUACUUGUUAUAUAUCUAGUAUUAGAUUAAAUUUAUCCCUUAUAAAUAUAUAAUGAGGGCUUUAAAAUGAAUUAAGGAGGAUGGCGGGCUGGGUGGGGAGAGGACAGAAGCUGCGAGAGAGCGUCUCUAACCACAGCAUAGCGUUGGUGGAGCUGCUGAGCCACAGUAGAAGCGUAUGCACGUGUUGAUUAUAACAGCGGAGACCAAUUCUUAUUCAAAUACACCUCUGUCUGGGCCACAAUUAUAUACUGAACCUUGAGAUUUAUACGUUAGAGUGACAACACUGUCAAGAUAUUUAUUUGUAUCGAAGGUUUCAGUUAUGCCUGAGGUGCAGUGACAGUACACAGGUGCCAUUCUGUACACUCUGCGGAGGGAAUUAACUGCCCUUCACCAAGAUGUGAUGAGCUAAGGGAACACUGUGAUGCCUGCAGGUGAUCAUGGCCGUCAGCAAUGCAUCCUUAAAGCUUGUGAAGUUAGUGUCAUGAAAGCUACAAAUAUUCACACGCUGCAACUCAACACACACAAUACAAGCUCAGUCACAGCUGCAGGAAAGUCCUGUUUUCUUUCUUUUUGUCUCGACUUUCCACAGACCACCGCCGCCUCCUGUCUGCGGCUUCCCAGGCUGGCCGAGGCCUCACACCUUCAGGCGCCGUCGCACUGAUGGCGCCUCGGGCUCCUCCCUUUGUAUAUAUAUGCUAUAAGAAAUAAAAAGUUUUCUGUU